UAGUAGACCGCACCAUAGUUUAAAAUAGUUCGCGCGGAAAGAAGUCCCCAGUACCGGCUCUACUGUGUUACUGGCACCAUUCAAUCACCGAUCAUUAUGGAUACUCGAAAGCGUCCCAGAGAAGAUUUGCCGAAUACUAGUAGUGAUCAGUUAAAACCCCCGGAGAAGCGGCAUUAUGAGGCGGCGUGGCAGGAUUUCGGGCAGUGGGGUGUCGAGGACGUUUGUAGAUACCUGCGUCAAGAAGGUCACUGCAAAUGGGAGGAUGCAUUCAGAGAGCAAAAGAUGACAGGAGUGGGAUUACGAUACCUCACAGAGACACUUCUGGAUAAAAUGGGUGUAGUGCCUCUAGGCACCCGGUUGCAGAUCCUGCACAGUCUGAGGAAGCUGUGGCAGAUGGCAGCAGAGACCACCAAGGUGUUUAAUGACCCAGUCCAUGGCCAUGUAGAGAUGCAUCCUCUGCUGGUCCGUAUCAUGGACACCCCUCAGUUCCAGAGGCUCCGCCACAUCAAGCAGCUGGGAGGAGCAUAUUUCGUCUUCCCUGGGGCCUCCCACAACCGCUUCGAACACUCCAUAGGGGUGGGCUACCUAGCAGGUCGGCUGGUCCAGGAGUUGAGUGAGAGACAACCAGAGCUCCUCAUCUCCAGUAGAGACAUCCUGUGUGUCCAGAUUGCUGGGCUCUGUCACGACCUGGGUCAUGGUCCUUUCUCCCAUAUGUUUGAUAGCAUGUUCAUCCCCAAAAUGCGUCCAAAGUCCAAGUGGAAGCAUGAGGAGGCGUCCCUUGCGAUGUUUGACCAUCUGGUGUCUGUAAAUGCCUUGGAGCCAGUGAUGAAGGAUCAUGGUCUGGUCCUACCUGAUGACCUGGUCUUCAUCAAGGAGCAGAUUGCUGGAUCACAGAGCACUGUCCCUCUCAGACAGGGGUGGCCUUAUAAGGGCCGUCCAGAGGAGAAGUCUUUCCUCUAUGAGAUUGUGGCCAACAAAUUGACCGGCAUCGAUGUGGACAAGUGGGACUACUUCGCCAGGGACUGCUACCACCUGGGCAUCCCGAAUAACUUUGACUACCAUCGCUUCCUCAAGUUUGCUCGGGUGUGUGAGGUAGAUGGGAAGAAGCAGAUCUGCACCAGAGAAAAGGAAGUGGGUAAUCUGUACGACAUGUUCCACACACGCAGCUACCUCCACAGAAAAGCCUACCAGCACAAAGUGGGACACAUAAUAGAGACAAUGAUCACAGAGGCCUUCAUCAAGGCAGAACCCCACAUCAAGAUUCAAGGUUCAGAGGGAAAAAUGUUCACCAUCUCCACAGCAAUAGAUGACAUGGAGGCCUACACUAAACUCACUGACCAUGUGUUUGAGCAGAUCCUGUACUCUUCAUCCUCUGAGCUGUCAGAGGCCAGAAAGAUCCUCUACAACAUCACCUGCAGAAACCUCUACAAGAAUAUGGGACAGACCCAAGCCAAGGAACGUGUGGAGGUCUCACAGGAACAGCUCCAGAAAUGGGCAGGUGAAUUGGCGACGUGCAGGCCUGAGAGCGACCUCCAGGGCGUCACUCUAGAGCCAGGGGACUUUGUAGUCAAUAUCAUCAACAUGGACUGGGGUAUGAAGGAGAAGAACCCCAUCAACAACAUGCGUUUCUACUGUAAGAAUACCCCAACCAAAACCACCCAGAUCAGCAGGAACCAGGUGUCUCAGAUGCUGCCAGAUCAGUUUGCUGAGCAGCAGAUCAGGGUCUACUUUAAGAAGAGAGAUGAGAAGACCGUGGAGGCAGCUAAGAUUAACUAUGUCAAGUGGUGCAUGGACAACAACUUCUCCAAGCCUCAGGACGGAGAUUCGAUUGCACCGGAGCUCACCCCUCUGAAGCAUAGCUGGGCCCACAAUUAUGAUGACAACGGUGAUGAAGAGGAUAGCCAGGGAGGAAGGAGGAGGGCUCUCUUUUAGGAGGAUGAGAAAGAGGAUCUGUCUGUUUACCUCUUUUAUGGCAGCUGUCACCAAUCCUGGUUCCAGAGAGCUACAGAGUAUGCAAGGUUUUGUUCCAACCCAGCACUAACACACCUGAUUCAGCUAGUCUAGGUUAUAAUCAUUAAUUGAGUAGCUGAAUCAGUCGUGUUGAUGCUGGGUUGGAACAAACCGUUGCAUACCCUGGUGCUCCCCAGGACUAGGUGUUGGGGACCAAAGAUGGUGGGUAAAUGAUGUCUUGCUCAGGCCAUUUACCUUUGAAAAAAAUGGUCAUUGUUCUCAUCUUAAAGGAAAACUCCACCCAAAAUGCUAUUUUCGUAUUUGUCAUUAGUGCAUUGUUGAUACGGCACCAAUUGUUUUGCAUUUCAGCAAUCAAGUUAAAGAUAUCUAACUUUCAAAAUACAGAAAUACAGCUGGUUUGAUUUAUUUUGCAUCGUAUGAUACAAAACGCAGCAUCAUACCGGCUGUAUUUUGAAAGUUAUGCAGUAUAUCUUGAGAACUUGAUUGCUGACUUGCAAAACAUUUUGGGACUAUAUCAACAAUGGUCUAAUGAAACAAAUACCAAAGUAUAGUUUCUGGGUGGACAUCAAUGGGAUAGCAGCUGGGUCUGGUCUGCUUAGUUCAUUGACUCUAUAUGAACCAGAGAAUAUUAGGGAGUUGGAGAUCAGUGUCUAGGAGCAACGCCCAGAAGAAGACCUUUGGCUCAGGGUUCUGUUCACGCUCAGUUCUGUUAGGGAUUAUAUCAUAUAGUCUUUAUUUUAUUCUCUUUUUAUCUCGUUUUAUUUUAAGCAUAUGUUAUAGGUUUUUAAGUGCGGUUAUUUUGCCUUAUUUAAUUAUCGAUGUGACUGUGAAAAUACUAGCAGCAACUGUUACAUAUUUAUACAACCUGAUGAAAGUGGUUCUCAAACCCUUUUUGGACAAUCAUGCUUGUUUUACAUUGUAGCUGAGUAUGUAAUUGUUUCAUGGUAUUGAAUCACCAUUGUUUGUCUUUCAGGGCAUUGUCUUUCUUAUAAGCAUGGUUUCUACAAGGUUUUAGUUUAAAUAUAGGCACCCACCAUAGCUAGCCUGGUUGUUGACAUACGUACAGUAUGUUUGGUGAGGUAGGGGUUGACUAAAGCACAUGAAGAUCAGAGAUCUGUAUAUUUGAUUAUUUUCCUAAAAGUGGCCACUUGAACUGACAAACAGAGAUGGGUCACAGUGUGCAGUGUGGGUAGUGUAGUCAGUUAUACAUACACAAUGCAUGCGGUGUGUGAUUCAGACCUGAAACUUUUUUGGUUUUGAUUUGGACUGUUUCUCUAAGUGCUGCGGUAUCACAUUGUUUUCAUCCAUGUUACCCUUGAGUCUGGCUAUGUUCUCUUCAUGUAAACAAUAUACACACAAUGUUUACCAUACAGUCUGCAUCAAGAUGAAUCCACAGCUGUUGGUCAUUGACGGUAUGUUUGUUGAUUUUAAUUAUGUGCUUCAUUUAAAAAAUAUAUAUAAUGAAAGACAAAUCGUAGAGACAGUCAACGUUUCAGGGAUUUUAUGAUGGAGUACAACUGUCAAAAGCUGUGAAAUACAACUAUUUUCUCUGCCUGGC